AUGGCUAUGGCAGCUUCAGCAAAAAGUCGGAAUGCCCGGCUACCACCAGAGGUUAAUCGCGUGUUGUUCGUUAGAAACCUUCCUUUUAAUAUUACCUCCGAAGAAAUGUACGAUAUCUUUGGAAAGUACGGCGCCAUAAGGCAGAUCCGAUUGGGAAGCGAAAAAGAUACGCGCGGAACGGCUUUCGUCGUUUACGAGGAUAUAUUCGAUGCGAAAGCUGCAUGCGAUCAUCUUAACGGAUUCAACGUAAUGGGUAGAUAUCUUAUAGUGCUGUACUAUCAACCUAAUAAGGUUACCAAAAAGAUGAAUCUGCAAAAGAAGGAAGAGGAAUUGAAAGAAUUGAAAAGUCGAUACGGAAUACCAGAUUCAGAAUAA